AUGGAAGUCCCGGAUUUCGAUAGCAGUACCGAAUACGACAGCAGCACCAUAUCCCGAACCACGUCGCAGUCCUCCCGAGCCACCGCGCAGUCGCCGAGCCUCCAAGCUCGGCGGUCGGGUCCAGCUCCGUCCAGAGGCUUGGGAGGAGGGAUGGGACAGUUGGCAGGAACGCAGCCAGUUAAGGACCUGCUAGACGUGUUCAUUGACGAGGUGGAGAGUUCGCACAAGCGAAAGUCCAAGAGCAAGUCCCACAGACACAAGGGGUCAACGGGAGAAGCUGGGGCAUUGGGAGAGACUGGGGUAGGGGGGAGGGCUGGGGCAGCGGAAGAGACUGCGGGAAGGGGAGGGGCUGGGGAAGAAGGAACUUCAGGGGCCGCAGGAAUUGGGGCAGCAGAUACUGGGGCGUUGAGAGGAGAGGAGGUGACGGGAGCAACAGCAGGGGCGUCCCAGCGCGAAAAAGAAGAGGGAGGAGCAACAGACGGGCGGAUGGUAGCCUGCUCAGCAGAUUCAGAGCAUCUAGACAAUCCCAAGGGCGGCUCGGGGAAGCCUGACAAUCCCGAGGCUGUUUCAGGGGAGGCUGAAAAUUCCGGAGCUGCACAACAGGAUACAAGGAAACUAGCAGGCUUGGGUUCGGAAUCUACUGACCAGGCUGGGAGCUUCGGUGGUGUGGUUCGGGCCAGCUCUGGCGAGGCAGAAGCAGGGGCGGGUUUCAAGGGAGAGGAUGGGAGAACAGGUUCGGGAAGGGACGGACCUGUCGUCCGAACCUGGGAGUUAGACCCGGAGCGCCGAGCCAAGAGCUGGCGAAGAGACGUAGAAGCCGAAUCUUCUAGGGGUGAAAAGAAGAGAAGAGGCUUGGAGACGCAGGCAACAGCUCCGGAACCAGGAGGUGUGGGCAAUGGGGGCAGGGAAGGGGGCGAGUGUGCAGGAGGUGAAUCUGUAAGCAGAGGAUCAACGGUUGUGAUUGACUCUCGCGCGAAGGCAGCUAAUGUGGCACGUCAGAUGGAGGAGACAACUGAGAGCGGGGGAGAGGAUAGAAGGGAGGGCGGAGGCACGUACGUGAAUUUUGAGGUGCCUCUAGAGUCGUCUGGUGGAGGGGAGGGUGGAGGAGGCACGUACCUGUUUGCAAUGAAGCUUCGGCGGGUGAGGAGCUCGGGAGACGUCACUAAAGGGGAUGUUUCUAAAGGGGAUAGUGUUUCUAGCGGAAAUGCUUCUACUGGGGAUGCUGCACCUGCGAGUGCUGGGACGAAGGGCAGGCAGGAGGGAAAGGGGAGCCUAUUUAGUGUGAUGGAGCAUGGGAGUGGCAGUGCUGUGGUGCAGAGGAAGCGGUUCCUGAGGGGUGAGGAGGUAGCAGAAGGAGAAGACGAGAGGGAAGGAGGCCAGAGGCACCGAGUGCAGAGGGGCGGACUGGAGGGUGCUUGUGAUGCGGAGGAGAAUGAUGAUGGUGGUAGUGGUGAUGGCGGUUAUGGCGGGGUUUCACACUCGUUUAAGUGCAUAAGCAGCACCAAUAAAGCCACCCAAUUAAUGGCAAGAUCGCGCAGCGAUCCUGACGCUCCAUCCGCAUCCCUGCUCGAUCCAACGGAUGACGUCACCCUUCCUCCUCCCCGCUUCCCCACCCAUCUGUCCACCCCUCCUCGCCUCUCCACUCCCCCACGCCCGCGCUCUCGAGGAGGCUACAGUAAACUGCAGGUAGAUCUAGCGAUUGUCACCACUGUAGCGGAUUUUAUCGGAUUUGAUUUGUUUGGGGAUGGGGAGGAGGAGGGGGAAGUUGUAUCUGGGGAAGGUGGGUCUGGGGCAGGUGGGAUGGAUCUGUGGGGUAUGGUUGCUGCUGUGGGUGGGUCGCUCUGGCCUAUGAGUGACUGUAUGGAGGGGGAAGAGGCAGCACAGGUUGGUAAGGUGCAAUUGAAUGCCGCAGAGGUGCUUGUGGUUGAUUCUACAAAGGGUGACUGUAUGGAGGGGGAAGAGACGGCACAUGAGGUGCUAGGUGACGCAGCAGGUGUGCAAGAGGUGAGUGGGAAGGAUGUGACUGAAAAGGAUGUGAAUGGGGAGGAUGUGAUUGGAGAGAAUGUGACUGUAACGGCAGCUGAAGGGGUGAGGGAAAGCAGUGGGCAGGCAGAGGCGACUGUAGAAAAUGUGACUGUAGAGAGUGUGAGUGCUGCUGAGGAUGUUUCUGGUGGCGAUGUGACCUUAGAGGGGGUGGGGAGCGAGAAGGUGAAUAUAAGGGAGGUGAUUAUAGCAGCCUCUGAGCUGUGGCGGGACGUGAUUGAACACAGGGAGGAGGUGGGGUUGGCUGUAGAGGGGGCACUGGUGGACAGGGUUACCGCACAGGGUGCGGUGACUGUAACAGAUGUAACUAUUGGUGAGGGGGGAGUGGAACGAAGGGUGGUGGGUGAGGAAGUGGGUGCUGAUGUGGCUGCUGAUGUGGAUGCUGGUGGGACUGCUGACGUGGAUGAAGACCAUGAGGUGCUGAGCUGGCAAGAGGACGGAAUCGCGCUGGUGGCAGCAGCGGCGGAAACGAUUGGAGGGCUGCUGAAGCCACGACCGAGGCGGAAUCAGCAGCAGGAGGAAGAGCAGGAGCAGCAGCAGCAGCAGCAGCAGCAGCAGCAGCAGCCAGAGCAGGAGGAGCAGGAGAAGCUGCAGGGAAAGCAGCAGCAGCAGCAGCAGCAGCAGCAGCAGGAGCAGCAGCAGCAGGAGGCCUAUUUUCCUGUACCGAAGCAUUGGGUUUCUCACCUGCUACUCUCUGGAUGGAAGCUGCUACACUCAGCUGCAGGGUUCUGCGGAGGGCAGGGGGCGAAAGAGGGAUCAAAAGAGGAGGGGAAGCGAGAGGAGGGGAGUGGUGGAGAGGAGGGGAAGCGAGAAAAGAGGAGCGAGGAAGAGGGCACGCAAGAGGAAUUGGGGAGUAGUAGGUGUGACUGGUUGGAGGGGAGUGUGAGUGUGAGGGAGUGUGAGGAGGUGUGUGAGGGGAUGCUGAGAACAAUAAACGCCAUGCAGUUGCGGUUGAAGCUGUCUCGACCAACAGAUUGCUGUUGGCACAGAGAAGAUUGCUCUUCUCUAAAGGAGCAGACUUGUUGUGGGCAAGUGUCUGAAACGAACAUGCUCGUUUCCCUGGGGUUCUCAGGGCUGGUGGCAGUGGCAGGCAUGGUGAGGGCGAUAGAGGCUGUGGCAGACGUUGAGGAGGUGUCUUGUGAGGCGCCUGUCAUGGGGAAGCGGGGAGAAAAUUCAGGGAUGAAGGGAGACCAAGCACAGGGACGGGCAAGGAGAGACCUGGAACGUGUGCAAAGCAGGGUUGCGUUUCUCAGCAGCAGACGUGUGAGCAGUGAGCAAAGCGCUGCUGCUACUGCUGCAGGCGUAGCGCUGCACUUGGCGCGUGAAAUUGAGGUGCUGGUGCUGCUGCCUGGGCAUUUAGGUCCUGAUGCCGCCUAUGCGAUUCUGCUGAGAGGAGGGGACGGUUCAGGAAGUGCAAGACGAGGGCUGUUGCUCAGCAGAAUUCUUUUCCGGGCAGCCCAGCUUGGCUGGGUGUUGAUGCUGCACAGACAAGUCAUGAUAGCUGACUUUCAUGCACAGCGUGAUGGUGGGGAAGAGAGCGAGUGUGAGGGGUUUAAGUGUGAGGAGAGUAAGUGUGAGGAGAGUGGGAGUGAGGGGUUGGGCUUGUUAGAGCAGGCAAGCCUGCAGGCUGUGCACCAUUUCACCGUUCACUCUCUCACCCUUUCCCUUGCUGACGUGGCAGCUGACCUGGACUCGCAGCUUGCCAAGCUGGCAGACGCAUUCCUCCGCCGCUCUGCCUGCAGUGACCCUGCCAGUGCUGACGUGGCACUUGCGCAUUGGCUGCUGGACGCAGGGCAAGAGCUGAUAACCCACUCCCAUUGGCCCAAACAAGGAGCUGCUAAAGGGAACCCAGGCGUUCCGAGUGUUACACGUGUUACCAAUGUUACAGCAGCCAUGCACCGGCCGUCCACCACUGCUGCAUCCCCCACCUCUCCCGUUUCAAACCGCCCUGCUCCAGUCCUACCCGCCCUGCCUCUACUGCCCCCCUCGCUGACCUCUCGCCUGCAGCAGCUAGUAGCGGCUAUGGCCCUGCUAGUCCCUGCACAGGCGCACGUGCACGGCACGGCUUCUGAACCGCAUCACAACCCACUGGUCCUCACACAGCAAGCGCACUCUGUGCGGGACGAACAGGGGAGAGGCAGUGGCGGUGCCGUGACAGCAGCAAGCAGUCUCUGUGUGCCGUGGCUUCACCUGUGCUCCCAGGCUCUCCCUCUCAUGUCAGACAUCCAAGCCAGCCUCCAGUUGACUGGUGCGUCAAUCCAAAGCUCAUCUCUACCACACCUGCGCACAGCAGCAGCUCUUUCUGUGGCUACUGUGCUUCUUCCAACGCAGAGCUUUUCCCUGGAACUCCAGCAACUGCGGCCCUUCCCCCUAGAGCCCCAGCUCCCCACAGCAGCAGCUGUUCCUGUGGUGUCUGCGCUGCUGCUGCGAUGUCUCUUGAGGCUUGGGGAUGCGGUUGCAGCGGUGUUUGGGGAGUCUGGUGGGGGGAAGAGGGAAAGGGGGAGAAAGAGGAAGGACGAGACGGGUGGCAGAGGGAGUAAAGAAAGUGGCAGAGGUGGCAAGAGCUUUGGAUUGGAGGAGCUUUGCUGUGGAUGGGUGUAUUUGAGUGAUGGUGAUGCUGGUUCUGCUGCUGCUGGCAGUUCUGACUAUGCUUCUGGCAUGCGUCCUACUUCACACUCCUCUCCUUCCCCCCUAGCCUCUGCAACAGCGUCAGCAGCAGCAGAAAUCGCCCUCCUGUCUUUGCUCCACCGUAUACCCCUCCCUUCGUGCCCCCUGAAUGGAGCGGAACAAGGCAGAGAAGGGGAGGGAAGCGUGGGAGGAAGGGGGGAGAGCGGGGGUAGGGACAGAGGGGGGGAGGAGCAGAGGGAACGAGGGGAGGAGGGAGAACAAGUCAGGGAUCCGUUGCUGGAUGGGGGUCAUCUGCCUGUUCUCUUUGGCGAUCUCUGUGCCUCCAUCUGCUCCAAUGCUGCUGCUGCCGUUGCUGCUGCUGCUGCUGCUGCUGCAGUCGCCAGCCAGUGCAACGAAUCCUGCACAUGUGGUUGCAGCGAGUGGGCCGGCAGUGCAGCAGCGGUGGCUCACACUGUCCUGCAUGCUCUCUCCCUGGAGCUCACUCUUUCCCUUGGACUCCAAUCCGCAGCAGCAGCAGUGGUGGCUCACACUGUCGUGCAUGCGCUCUCGCUGGAGCUCACUCUUUCCCUUGGCCUGCAAUCUGAGGGCACACAGGAGCGACUCACCUCAUCAGUACAGGGAGCGACCCGCCUCUCACACUUACUUAAGAGCCACUUAGCCGUGCUGCAGCAAGCAGCCAACCAGGGCUGUGGAGCCCCUAGGUUCUUCCUCGCGAUGACAGAUGGUGCUACGCUAUUCGCCCAGCUGGCAUACCACAGCCAUAGAGUGCUGACCAAGUGCUCAGGAGGUCGGGGGAUCGAAUCCGGCUGGGUUGGAAAAGUCACAGAAGCUGCUCUCUCCCUGCCUGUGCUUCCAGGCUUCAGUGACUCUGUUGGGGAACGUGCUCCUUUUGGGGUGGCUAGGGGCGCUGCCUCUGGUGCAGAUAUGAGUGUGCUGUCGCUGAUCCCCGUUCUCUCAGUGUUUGCAGUCAAGCACCAGACGCUUGCUGCUGCUGUGGGAGAGUCGGCAGCGUCGGCAGGAGGGAUACGAGGAACAGGAGAGGCAGAUGCUUCGGAGGCGACCGACGCUGUGCCGGACCUGCCGUUCAGGCUUGGGAAGCGCUUCUACAACAUUGAUUCGAUGCUGAACAUGCGCGAACCUGCUGCUACUGCCUCGGGAGUUGGAGGGGUUGGGGCCGGUGGGAAGCUGUUUUCGGGGUAUUUGGAUAGGAAGGGUCGUGGAAGGACCCUCAUUGAUGGUGCAGUGGUGGGUUUGGCAGUGGGAGCAGGGGGGCCAGGGAAGGCAGUGGGGACAGCGGGGGCAGCGGGGGCAGCGGGGGCAGGGGGGGCAGGGGGGAUGGUGGUGCGGACAGCGGGGGCAGUGGAGGCGGUGGGUGUGGAGGAGAAGGUUCCAGGGAGGAGAGAAGGGGAAAGAGAAGGGAGUGAGGGUGAGGCUGCUACUGCGGAAGGAGGUUUGUCUGGAGUGCAUGGAGAAAGGUGUAAUAGCCAGUCAGCACCGGCAGAAGAAGCAGCAGCAGCAGCAGCAGCGGCAGCAGCAGCAGAAGCAGCACCAGAUGGUGACAAUAACAAUGGUGACAGGAAUGACGAAGGUGACAACAAAGAGGGGGAGGGUAACAACCAGGAGGGUGACUAUCAGGGUGAGGGUGGCAAAAAGGAGGGUGACAAUAGCGAGCAUGAUAGUGAGAAGGACGGCAGUAUCGAGGGUGACAAUUUCGAUGGUGGCGAGAGUUUAACAUUAGGUUCGGAGCAUCCGGACCUUCUGCAGUUUGACGAGGUUUUCCGAGCCAAGCAGGCUCGGCGGCAGUGCCAUGCCGAAGCUAAGGCUGCCGUGGCUGCAGCUUUGGACGCUCAGGAUGACCUGGCAGACGCCGAAGCUGCACUGGAGGAAGCUUCCAAGGAAGUUGCACGGCUCACGGCAUGUACUGACACUGAGCAUAAAGGCACAAGCUUGGAGGUGCUUGUAAAGGGGGAAGGGGUUGCUGGUAACCAGGUGGCAUUUGAGUUGACUCAAAAGACGGCACGUACUGACAAUGAGAAUAAUGACACAAGUCUGGAGGGGCUUGUAAAGGGGGAAGGGGGUCCUGGUAACCAGGCAGGGGUUGUGGUUACGGUUGAUGGGGAAACUGAGGGGAGCAGCAAGGGAAGCAAGACAGCGGAAGGUGAAGGAGACGGGAAUGGAGAGGAGGGGGAGGAGGAGGGAGUGACUGAGGGAGAGGAGGGAAUUGCUGAAGGAGAGGAGGUGGGGGGCAGAAGUGCAGUGACAGCUGAAGAAGUGGACAGUAAUGCAUUUCUUUCUUCUGCCCGUUCUUCUGCCCUAGCUGUGCUAGAACGAGCUCAGCUUGCCCGCAACGAAGCUGCUGCCCGGAUGCGCGCCCAGCGGCGUCGGGCAGCUGCGAAAGUUUCAGAACUUGAAGCUGCCCGGUCCCUCUACACCACGUUGCUUCGGGCAAAAGAAAAGCGGGUGGCUGAAAUAAAUAGCGCUGCUUAUGGGUUGAUUGGGGAGAUGAAGGCGGCAACUGGAUGUGUAACACCGGGUGUGGUAACCCCACGAGCGGGAUCUGCUGCUAGUAGCGAGUUGCUUGAUGUGCAACACUGCACAGAUGGUGUAGAGGGUGACAAUAAUGAAGUGGGCUAA